AAUACAGGAAAUUCUCGAAUGGAUCGUUUACACCGCCAAGAAUCAUUUCAACAACAACAACAAUCAUCUUCUUCAUCCUCUUUCUCAUCAACAAAUUUGUUGACCUCUUCAAUUACCCCAUCACUCAUUUUUAAUGAAGACGAAAAUAAUACUAAAAAUUCCACAGAACAACAACAACCACCGGUUGCACGGGAAAGGAAAAGUAAAAGAUUCCAAGCUGGUUCUUCUACUUGUUCAAUUUCUUUUUAUUCUUCCUUUUCCUAUGAUGAUGAUGGAAUUGAUGAGAAACGGAAUCAGAAUUGUGAAAGAUCAGACGUUUUGAGAGAAAGCCAAAUCGGGCGGCGACCUUUUAAUGUCGAUGCGGCUGUCAAUAAUACCACCACUGAAGCAAUUAAUAGUGGAGGAAAGGGACGUCAACUAGAGCAAUUUCGUAGCGGUCAAAGAGGAAGGGAAGGGGAAGCGGCUGUCAAUAAUACCACCACUGAAGCAAUUAAUAGUGGAGGAAAGGGACGUCAACUAGAGCAAUUUCGUAGCGGUCAAAGAGGAAGGGAAGGGGAAAAAGAAGAAAUUGUGAAAGAGUCAACUAGCAAUUUUAAAAGCAAUGAGGGAGAUUUUGACGACGAGCAGCAGCAAUUUCCCAUCGGGGGAAGAAGAGGAGGAAGAGGGGGAGAGCUUUGGAGUGACAGGUAG